GGACGACAGCCAUGCUGCCUCGCUGGCGAGGAGAGCAGAAGGUGGAGAUCCCUGGGAGUGUUUCCUGAGAGGACAGCAGUACUAUGAAGAGGUUGGGGCUUUCCUUUUUUAAAAGUAGAUAUUAGUGGACUGCAUUCAGUGUUAGUGGUAAAUGGCACCUUAAAAACAACAGGAGACGCCCGUGCCUGUUUUUUUUUUACCAUGGAAAUCACCAGGUGUGCUACAGCUGGCCUCCCUCCCGAGCCGUUUCUUGGCCAGCUGACUGGCUGAACACCACUGUGCUUUGUGUUGUGGGGCAGUGGACUCAGUACUGCCUGCAGUGCAGUAAGGGCCGUGGAGUAAGCCAGGCUUGUGGUUGGCAGCAGGAGCAGGUGGGCAUCUUCGUGCUCCAUGCAUGUGCUCCGUGCUUUCGUUACUGCAUCAGCUGCCUUUGGCAGGAGCAAAAGCAGUACCAAGGAGCAGCAGGCCUGUCUGUUUCUUGAGCUGGCGUAGAUGUCCGUGUUAUAAACUGCAGUCCACCCUUCAAUUUUCUGUUUGAGCGGGUGUCCGUUUCCAUAUUUUUGAGCGUCCAUCUGUAUUGCCUUAAAAUGCAUGCUGUCAUAGCACUGCACAUGUUAGAACAAAUCAGCACCUGAUCAGAGCCCUGUGAUACACCUCACGGCACUCAGUUCAGAGGAAGAGUAUGAGUGCAGCCAUACUUGGUUAUCUGACAUGUCAGCUGGCUGUAAGAAGGCCCUGUUUUCCCUGAGCUCUUUCAGAGGAGUGGACUGUAUGAACAUUGGGCAUUUCCUCACUGUGAGGUGUCUCGCUGUCCAGCAGCUGCUCACCUCUAAGCUUUGGCAGUGUGGUGUUGUUUUAGCAAGCCAUACAAGAAAUACUUGGUUUUAUUUAGUAUUUUUCUAUGCGUACAUAACAGCGUUUUAGUAAGAGCACCAGUUUGUCAAUUAGCUCUUACAUUGCAGUUGGUACAUUGUGUACUUGAAAAUACAUAUUCUCCUUCAACCUACUGCAGGAGCAAAUGCUCUUUAAGAUUCUCUCUAACAAGUGCAAGCAGAUGGAGAAACCAUAUUUCACCAGGAAACCAAGUCUAUUCAAUAAACUAGUGAAACCUAUCAUAGUCUUACCCUUGUCACAAGGGCAGAUCAUGUGAGGUCAUUGCAGAAGGCAGAAUGGGGUGAGCGAGUUCUGGGUGAGGUGAUGAGACUGACUGCAGAAUCCUUGGGCUCGUAUUGUCCUGCACAUACCUUGUUUUUUGGUAUGUAUGUGGGGAAAAAAUCAACACUGAAGACAAAAUUAAACCCACAGAGUAGUAAAGGCAAAUCUUCAGACUAAAUUUAAAGGGUAGAAGCAGUUCUUUCAGCUGUACACCGUUCCUCUCUUGUAGAAAUCAGUCUGAGUUCCAUGUCAAGACGCUUGUGGCCCACUGAGGUUUAUAGGCCAUCAAGUGGAGCCCUCUUGAGUCUGGUGCGUGUUUAUUCUCAGCACCUCUUUCUCCUGCAUUUGCAUACCACUGCUUAUAUUUAGGUGUUUGGUUUUUUGUACGUAUACCUGAAAACAAUCAAACCUUACUUGGUAGUCCUAGGUGCUUCCAUCAUUUACCAAUGUCCUUGCAGUUGCUAACUCACUCUCUUUCCAUUUUCUGCCACUUCUGUGGUUGCGUUUUGUUUUGUUCUUCUUUUUUGGGAGUGAAAUGCUCCAGUCUGAAAAUCUGUGUGAGGAGAUCCACUGGAGAGGUAAGCUGUACUCCUCAUUUGGUGUACUCUGUCUUCAUCCUUCUUUCCCAGGGGAGGUAUGAAGAAGCAUUAGUACAGUUUGAGAAAAGCAAGGAUACAGAUUUUCAGGCACUGUAUCAGCUUGGUGUAAUGCACUACGAUGGACUAGGCACUGAUAAGGACCCUGAGAAGGGAGUGGAAUACAUGAAGAAGAUACUCAGCUCUGAUUCCCCAGCAGCAAGACACUUAAGGUUUGCAGCUGCAUACAACCUUGGCAGAGCGCAUUAUGAAGGAUACGGCGUUAAGCAUUCAACUGAAGAGGCUGAAAGGUUGUGGCUUAUUGCUGCAGAUAACGGGAAUCCAAAAGCAAGCGUAAAGGCCCAGAGUACUUUAGGAAUGCUUUAUUCCAUGCCAGAUCUAAAGGAUCUGAAGAAGGCCUUCUUCUGGCAUUCAGAAGCAUGUGGCAAUGGAAGCCUGGAAUCACAGGGUGCACUUGGUGUUAUGUAUCUCUAUGGACAAGGUGUACGUCGGAACACUAAGGCCUCUCUGGAGUGCUUGAAAGCUGCAGCAGAAAGAGGAAACAUCUACGCUCAAGGCCACCUUGUGGAAUAUUAUUACAAUAGAAAGUUCUUCUCAACAGCUGUUGCCAUAGCCAGAAGGACUACAGAAAACGACAACAUCGAGAUGCUAGCAACGAUGACUGAUUGCCUCCCUGCAUAUGUAGCCAAAGGGGUUGCUAUAGCUGCUUUCUACUUGGCUAGGUGCCUCCAUCUUGGCCGAGGCAUAGAGAAAGAUGAAGCUGCUGCUAAGAAGUACUAUUCUAAGGCAUGCCUUCUGGAUCCCGAUGUUGCUUCUGAUCUUGAACUGAAAGCUAAUCUUGGAAGAAUUUAAGUCUUUCCUUCAGUUCUGGCAGAACUACAGAAGAAAAGGCAUCAGUCUGGAAGCAUGUCUCUAGGCCACACUGGGCCCAUUUCUUCUAUCCUUCUUCAUAAUGUGAUCACACUACCUCUGUAUUGGAAACAGCUGGAAGACCUUUUGGUUAGCAGUGUGUAUGUCUGGAUAUGUUAUACUGAAUCUUUCAUCAUAUAAUACCUCUGGGAAGUUUACUGAUGGCUAUGGUAAGCCUGCACAUUUCUAAAUACCUGUUUUACUUGUAAUGCUUGGUAUGUGUGGGAAAGCUUGCUUCUUAAGGCUGUGCUGUCACUUGAGACCUGUUCAGCUCUGUGGCAAAAGGAAGCAAGAUGUUAGUCAGAACACUGAUUUCACUACAGCAGAUGGGUUUUGUGAAGUGGUCGGUCCCGUUUUUCAAAGAGCACAGUUAUACUGAAUUUGAAAUAAAGUAAUGAAUGGCA